AUGAUCAAAAUAUUUUCACCUAUUACAAGUUUGACAUGUCUCAAUCAUUUAGAAGUCCUUGAUUUGUGCGAUAACCAACUUGAGAUCUUACCACCAGAGAUUGGUCUGUUGACAAAGCUGAAGGAACUGUAUCUGUCCAAUAAUAAACUUUGGAAGAUUCCAGAUACUAUUCAAAAAAUGGCUCGCUUGGAGGUUCUCGACAUUCGCAAUAACCAAUUUUAUCUCUUGACCCCAGCCAUUGGACGAUUGAAGACAUUAAGGCAACUAGAUAUUCGGAACAAUCACCUCAAGUCACUACCAGCC